AUGGCGACGAGCGAUGACGAGCCUAUGCAUUUAUAUGAAGUUUUUCAAAACUGUUUUAAUAAAAUAGCAAAUAAACAACAAGUCACAGAAAAAGCUGGUUACCAGUCGCCAUAUGGAGGCAUGGACAAUGGCAUGACAUCCAUAACUGGAGUACAAACAUUCGUGUUCAUCACACAUAUGAAUGACCCCAGCGGAACUCGAAUCCGCGACCGC